UUCUCGACGACGAAUUGGCUGUGGGCGGCUGCUGAUUUGUGUGCCCGACAGCCAGAAGGAUCGAAUGGUGUUGAGUGGAUUCGCCCUCGAGUUCGUGUGUUGAUGUGUGCGGUGCCUAUUGUCCGUCCUUGAAUUCGCGCCCAAGGUACCGAUCACUUUCCGCCCACGCUAUAACAAAGUAGUGGCACGGCGUGAGGUUAUUUGCUGUUCGUAAUUUGGAUAGCUGCUCGAAGUUUUGACAUCGGGUCUCGGCAGACACGAUGGGAGGUCCCCCUGGCAGUUUCUCACUCUGGGACCUCCUGAUGCUGUAUAUAAUAUGAAAAGUGUUGUGCGAACUUUGCAAAAAGAAAUGCUCAGGGAAUGCACUACGAGUUCAAGAUCGCUACUUUCAUGUUGAGUGCUUCAAGUGCGCUGCCCCCUCCUGCUUGGACAGAUGUCCGCAGUAUUGUGAAAAUAAAUAAAAUAACACCAUUUUGCAAGAAUACUUCAAAGUGUGUACCAGCUCAUUGGCCCAGGGAGGAUUCUUCUUCAGAGAUGGCAAAUACUACUGUACGGGAGACUACCAGAAAAUGUUUGGUACCAAGUGUGCGGGCUGUGGCCAGUUUGUGGAGGGUGAGGUGGUGACAGCUCUUGGAAACACCUAUCACCAAAAAUGCUUUGUCUGUGCCAGGUGCCGGCAACAGUUUCCCAGUGGGGAAAAAGUGACCUACACUGGCAAAGAGUGCCUUUGUUCAAAGUGUAUCCAAAUACCUGUGGUGACAUCCCAAUCUGUGGAAGAGCCACACAUCAAUGGAGCAAUCAAAUGUGCAGGAUGCUCGGAUGAUCUUAGGGAAGGUCAAGCCUUGAUUGCGUUGGACAAGCAGUGGCACAUUUGGUGCUUCAAGUGCACACAUUGCAAUGUUGUUCUUCAUGGAGAGUAUAUGGGCAGGGAAGGUCAACCCUACUGUGAAAAAGACUACCAAAAGCAGUUCGGUGUCAAGUGUGCACAUUGUGAUCGGUUUAUCUCUGGCAAAGUGUUGCAGGCUGGGGAAAACCAUCACUUUCAUCCCACAUGUGCUCGAUGUUCGAAAUGUGGAGACCCCUUUGGUGAUGGCGAGGAAAUGUACCUGCAAGGAGGUGCCAUCUGGCAUCCGCGCUGUGGUCCAGGGCCUGAUGGCAAAACGGAGGAUAGGAAACUGGAUGACACAUGCAAAGACGCGGUUGCUGAGGAGCAGACUGUUGGCACGCAUCCUCCCAGCCCGAAGAGCUUCCGUUCUGCCAGCCCACUCGACUCUUUGAAAAACCAGUAUGGCCGGUCGUCAAGCCCUGGCAGCUUGCUGGACAAAGAGCCCCUGCUGAGUGACCUCAGUCGUGUGUACGCCUAUAGCUACCUGACUGCAGAGCCAACCCAGGGCUAUUUGCGCAGGCCCCUCGAGCCACACCCACCCAAGUCGCCCCAGUUUCACCGGCCACCAGAUGGUUUGGGAAAUCGAAGAAAGCUCCCCAUCAAGCCUCACACAAAACAAGGAAUGCAAGUUCUUGUGGACACCAUCCAGUCCAGUGUGCCUCGCCCCAAGUCUCCUCACAUGAACAAUGAAGAGCCCAUUGAAUUGGCCCACUUUCCGGGUGCUCGGCCACCCAAGCCCACUGAGAUCCCCAAGAUUGAGAGGGAUGAUUUCCCAGCACCACCGUUUCCUUACACUGAUCCAGAGCGGCGGCGGCGCUGGAGUGGUAGCUCCAAGGAGUACGAGGUGGAUGAAGAAGAGGAAGCGGAGGAAGAGGCCUUUGAGGAGGAUCCCCAGCUCAAGAAGGAAGAAGAAGAGCUCUCCAAAAUUGCCACUGGCAUUGGCAAGGUGUUUCUCAAAACAGUGAAAGAGCGUGAAAAAUACAGGGCCUGGAAGAUGACACACGUGGACCCGCGCAAUGCCUCUCGAACGCCAUCAGCCAGCAAGGAGCCCACCUAUCGGCUGCGCUAUGACAACCCUGUCAAUGCCUCUCCAUCACGAGACAUUGACCGACCUCGGCCAUGGGAGGAGGACGAGUUUGACCGGGGAUCCAGCUAUCGGUCAUCCAUGGGACGCUCCGUUGGCACCACACCAACAUACAAUGUGGUGUCAUCCCUGCGCACAGUCCCCAAGCCAGGCUAUGGUUUGGCAACCAAGUCAGCAACUCUGCCUGUGGGUGGUCGGGAUUUUAUGGCUCAAGACUUGUCCUUCAGCAAGCUGGAGAAAACCCACAGCACAGAGUUCAGUUGUGGCAAGUCAGAUGUGUCUGGAGCGUCAGACCAUGAUGGUGCUGUUAUGAAUCACAGCACAAGUGCAGUCCUUCGAUCUACCCCAUUCUCAGAUGGUUACUCUGGGUUUCGGUAUGCCUCCUACAGUCCACAUCUGCGGCGAUCAAUGCCAAACGUCAACUGGCACCUUUCAACUGAUCCCCCAAAGCUGUACCCCUACCAUCUCCUAAUGACAUCCAACUACCGGCUGCCUGUUGAUGUGGACCGAUGUCACCUGGAGCGUCAUCUAUCCAAUGAGGAAUUCCAGGCACUGUUCCACAUGAGCCGGCUGGAGUUUUACCGUCUACCCGAGUGGAAACGCAAUGACCUCAAGCGGCGAGCCAAGCUCUUUUGAGGGUCACUGGUUUGGCUGUCACCACAGAACCCAAGCAUAUGUCGCUACCUAGCUGAGGGAUGCUUCUUUUGGGCUCAACAAUAACUUUGCCUUUGAUAGAUGCCAAGUGGAGAGCAGCACUUCUGCAGAAAAUUUGAGCAUAGGUACUCAUUUAAUUAUUAUGCAAAGCCCAGUCCCCGAGCUACACAUUCUCCCUUCUUGGCUUACGUCCACUUUCUCUUUUCACUGCCCACCUGGUAAAUAAUAUAUUUUGCAUUCAUUGAGAAUUUUUUUUUCCUUGCUUUGGUGUGUCUGACAUUGGAUCUAGUCGCUUGCUAUUCAUACCCCCCACACACAUUUCUUUUUUUUAAUCUUCACUGGCUUCUACAUUAAAAAAGAGCCAUAUAGAGCAGCACAGGCAAAAUGCUGCACAGUGAACUACCUUCCAAUCCUUUGUAUCUUGAUCUCUGGCUACUUUUAUUCAGGUCACUUGCAGUAUUCUGGGUUGUCAUCAAAUGGCAGGUGUUCCCAGGUGCGUGCCCACCUCCACACCAUUGUAACAUGGCCUCUUGUUGGUGCAAGCAUUGUCUUGAAGCGUCCACCACAUUAGUGUUGCUGCUGGUGCAGCUUCUCUGUCUGAAGGUAGUGCACUUAGAGCUCUGCUUUUGGUACUCCAGGCUAGGUCAUUACACUAAUGAAGCUUAUGGGUACAGCGUCCCAUUAUGGCUUUAGGAGCUUAUGGGUGCAGCGUCCCAUUAUGGCUUUAGGAGCUUAUGGGUGCAGCAUCCCAUUAUGGCUUUAUGCAUGUUUUUAUCAUUUGGUGCAGCGGUUUAUACACAUACGAAGCUAUCUUCCAUGAUGCUUGUGUGAACACUGGCAGAUGUUUUUAUUAUUACUUGCCUCUGAAGGAGAAGCUUAGUUUCCUCUGGUGAGCAAAUUUCAUUCAGUUCUCGCUAUAGUUACACCUUAAGGCAUAAAUCAUUGUGCUGUUGUUUGCAUAAACUUUAAAGUUUUAAGAUAUUUUAGACAACUGUCGCACAUUGGGUUUUGAAUGCAUCACUAUAUUAGGAAUGCAAAGCCACGAUUUAUGUAUUUAGCAGGUGUCAGUUUACUUUCAGCCACAGUUUAGUGCUGGCUCAAAAGUACCCUAAUUAGGUCAGUACAUGGAUUUCUGCACUACAGCAAGAGCGCCAUGUCACUCAUGCAAGUGUGCCCACUUUGAUUUUGCAUACCUGUUAGCUCUGAAAAGGACAUUCACAGAAAACGGUUCAUAGAAAUAAAAUCUGCUUGCAAUGCUU